AGGCUGGCAAGCAGGCAGGCCGGAAGCUCAGUCGGCUGAGCCAUGGGAAGCGCCCGGGACCACAUUCUGACAGCUCUGGAAAACCUCACUUCCGAUGAAUUCAAGAAAUUCAAGACCAAGUUGCUCAGCUGCCCCUUGAGGGAAGGCUUUGGCCGGAUCCCCCGGGGGCCCCUGAUGAACAUGGAUGUAAUAGAUCUCACAGACAAGAUCGUGACAACUUACAUGGAGAAUUAUGGACUGGAGCUGACCACUGCCAUCCUGAGGGACAUCAACCAGGCUGAGGCUGCUGCCUUGCAGAAGGCCGCGGGUGCUGCUGCUCCAAGAGUUGGUCCGUCCAAAAUUGCCUUAGGUGAAGCAGAGCAACAACACUUCAUGGAUAAGCACCGACAGGCUCUCAUUAAUCGGGUCACCUCGGUGGACGCUCUCCUGGACGCCUUGUAUGGGAAAGUGCUGAGUGAACAACAAUACCAAGAGGUCCGAGCAGAGAAGCCCAGCGCUAAUCAGAUGAGGAAAUUGUUCAGCUUUUCUGUAGCCUGGAAUCGCUCCUGCAAAGACCAGCUCUUCCAGGCCCUAAAGGCGACCCACCCCUUCCUGGUGAGCGAUCUGGAAAACAGCUGAAGGAUGAGCCGUCACAUUCUCCCCACUCAGAUCUCAAAUCAAACCGUUCAGCAGUGGGUUUGAAAUUUUUAAAGUUUAAAUAAAAGAAACAAAGAACUCAGA